GAAGAAGAUGAGGAGAAUUUCUCUGCGAAAUGGCAAUGGCAAUGGUAUUCCCUUUAUCUCUUUCUUUGCUGAUUCAGCAAUUACUGUAAGAACUUGUUCUUCAUGCCAUUACUGUAAUAAAUCUAUUCCAGUAAAGGAUAAAAUUGGUGUAAAUAGUAGCAAUUUAGAUGAUGCUGUUACUCUCUUCCAUCAAACGGUUACAAUGAAGCCUCUUCCUUCAGUUGUCCAUUUCUCUAAAUUUUUUAACAAUAUGAUAAGUAUGAAGCAUUACUCUGCUGUCCUUUCCCUUUUUUCGGAAAUGUAGAAAUUGGGUAUCCCAAUUGAUGGGUUCAUCUUAAAUAUCAUGAUUAAUAGUUAUUGCCUGAUGUAUCGUGUUGAUUGUGCAUUUUCGGUGUUACCCAUUUACUUGAAGAAUGGCAUUCCAUUUGAUGUUGUCACCUUUAACACCUUAUUAAGGGGACUCUUUAGUGAAAAUAAGGUCAAAGAUGCUGUUGAAUUGUUCAAAAAAUUGGUGAGAGACAAGAUUUGUGAGCCUGAUGUAGUCAUGUAUGCAACUGUAAUGAAUGGGCUCAGCAAAAGGGGUCAUACUCAGAAGACUUUAAGUUUACUCCGGUUAAUGGAACAAGGUAAUCGUGAGCCCACUAUAUGUAUCUACAGCAUUGUUAUAGAUGCUCUUUGCAAAGAUGGAAACUUAGAUGCUGCUAUCAACAUUCUGAACGAGAUGAAGCAGAAAGACAUUCAUCCAGACAUAUUAACGUAUAAUUCAUUCAUUAAUGGUAUGUGUAACCUCUGUCAGUGGGAAAAGGUUAAAACUUGGUUCUCUGAGAUGGUGAACCUUAAUAUUUAUCCAGAUGUGCGCAUCUUCAAUAUACUAAUAGAUGGACUAUGCAAAGAAGGGAAAGUUGAAGAUGCCAAGGAAGUAAAACACAUGGUCAGAAAAGGUGUAGAGCCUAAUAUAUUCACAUACAAUGCAAUAAUGGAUGGAUAUUGUUUGCGUGGUCAAGUCAAUAGAGCGAGGACAAUUUUUGAUAUCAUGAUUGAUAAGGGCAUGGAGCCUAACAUUAUUAGCUAUAACAUACUAAUAAAUGGAUGCUGUAUGAAAAAGGAAGUGAAUGAUGCUAUGCAAUUGUUUUGUGAAAUUUCUCAAAAGGGAUCAAAACCUGAUGUCGUUACCUACAGUACUAUCUUGCAAGGUCUUUUUAAAGUUGGAAGAAUAGGCCACGCAAAAAAAUUCUUUGCUGAGAUGCUAUCUGCAGGGUUCAUACCUGAUUUUUACACUCAUGGCAUUGUGCUCAAUGGUUAUUUUAAGUAUGGACUUGUUGAAGAAGCUUUGUCGCUCUUUAAUAAGUUGGAAGGAAAGAGAGAAGAUACUGAUAUUAUUUUAUACAAUAUUGUCAUUGGUGGCUUGUGCAAAAAUGGUAAACUCGAUGAAGCUCGUGCCAUUUUUGAGAAGCUUUCUUUAAUCGGAUUGCUUCCGAAUGUGAGAACAUACAAUAAGAUGAUACAUGGAUUUUGUCUUGAAGGGUUGUUAGAUGAAGCUAAUGAUAUGCUAAGAAAAAUGGAGGAGAAUGGCUAUCUGCCAAAUGUCUUCACUUACAAUGUCCUUGUGCGGGGAUUUCUCAGGUGUAGCAAAAUUACGUAAAUGACAACUUUUAUGAAGGAAAUGACGGGUAGGGGUUUCUCAUUUGAUGCAACUACAACUGGGUUAUUGGUAAACGUUCUAAGGGAGAGUCCGUCCGUCCUUGACAUGAUACUAGAGCUUCACUCAAAAAUUAUGAACACUGCAAAAGAAAUGCUUUCUAAUGCAGUUGUGGAAGCAGAAAAGCCAAUUAGAACGUCGCUUGGGCUUUGCAGGAAAAUCAUUGUUGUCAGGAAGAAGCUAUUGGGAUCUGCUGCUAAUGCGCGACCUGAUAUUGAUCCAAGGGUGAAGAUGAGAAAAAUUUAUGGUAGUGCUAAUAAAUCCAUUUGUAAACAUGGGGUAAGCAUCAAUUUUGAUAAUGCUGUUACUCUUUUUCAUCAAAUGGUUAGAACGAAGCCUCUUCCUUCUCUUGUCGACUUCUCUAAAUUGUUUAAGAAUAUGAUAAGUAUGAAGCAUUACUCGACUGUUGUUUCUCUUUUUCGCGAAAUGCAGAUAUUGGGUAUUCCAAUUGAUGGGUUCAUCUUGACUAGUGUGAUUAAUAGUUAUUGCCUGAUGCAUCAUGCUCAUUUUGGAUUUUCGGUGUUACCUAUUUACUUGAAGAAUGGCAUUCCAUUUAAUACUGUUACCUUUAACACCCUAUUAAGAGGAAUCUUUGCUGAAAAUAAGGUUAAAGAUGCUGUUGAAUUGUUCAAAAAAUUGGUCAGAAACAAGAUUUGUGAGCCUAACGAAAUCAUGUAUGCAAUCGUCAUGAAUGGGCUAAGCAAAAGGGGUCAUACUCAGAAGACUUUAAGUUUGCUCCGGUUAAUGGAACAAGGUAACACUGAGCCCAACAUAUAUAUCUACAACAUCGUUAUAGAUUCCCUUUGCAAAGAUGGAAACUUAGAUGCUGCUAUAGACCUUUUGAAUGAGAUGAAACAGAAAGGCAUUCAUCCAGACAUAUUAACGUAUAAUUCAUUGAUUGAUGGUUUGUGUAAGCUCGGUCUGUGGGAAAAGGUUAAGACUUUAUUCUCUGAGAUGGUGAACCUUAAUAUGUACCCAGAUGUGCAAACCUUCAACAUAAUAACAGAUGGACUAUGCAAAGAAGGGAAAGUCAAAGAUGCUGAGAAAGUAAUGAAACACAUGGUCGAAAAGGGUGUAGAGCCUAAUACAAUCACAUACAAUGCGAUAAUAGAUGGAUAUUGUUUGCGUGGUAAAGUGGAUAGAGCGAGGAGAAUUUUCGAUAUCAUGAUUGAUAAGGGCAUUGAGCCUAACAUUACUAGCUAUAACAUACUAGAUGAAACACAUGAGGCCAUGCAGUUGUUUUGUGAAAUUUCUGAAAAGGGAUCAGAACCAAAUAUUGUUACCUACAAUACUAUCUUGCAAGGUCUGUUUGAAGUUGGAAGAGUAGGCGAUGCAAAAAAAUUCUUUGCUGAGAUGCUAUCUGCAGGGCCCAUACCUGACUUUUACACUCAUGGCAUUGUGCUCAAUGGUUAUUUUAAGUAUGGACUUGUUGAAGAAGCUUUGUUGCUCUUUAGUAAGUUGGAACGAAAGAGAGAAAAUACUGAUAUUAUAUUUUACAAUAUUGUCAUUGGUGGCUUGUGCAAAAAUGGUAAACUCGACAAAGCUUGUGCCAUUUUUGAGAAUCUUCCUUUAAUUGGAGUGCUACCAGAUGUGAGAACAUUCACUAUAAUGAUAAAAGGAUUAUGUCUUGAGGGGUUUUUGGAUGAAGCUAACGAUAUUCUACGAAAUAUGGAAGACAAUGGUUGUUUUCCCAACAAUGUCACUUACAAUGUUGUUGUGCAAGGAUAUCUCAGGUGCAACAAAAUUAGUGAAAUGGCAACAUUUAUGAAGAAAAUAGCGGGAAGGGGCUUGUCACUUGAUGCAACUACAACUGAGUUAUUGAUAAACGUCAUAAGGGAGAAUCCUUCCGUCCUUGACAUCAUACCGGAGCUUCACUUAAGAAACAAGAAGUGAUCGCCUGAUUUAUUCAGCUAGGCUAUGGCUGUAAUACAAUUUCCUUUUUAUCCCUGCAAAACAAGUGGCAUCCAAUGCAUUGCAGAAGCUGAUGGCAAUUAGAAUGUUGCUUGAUUUUUCUAGGCAGACCUAUUGAGGAGGUACUUCAAUUUUGAUAUGUUGAGUUAUUUAUCAGCUCUU